UUGUCACUGCUGUCGCUCUCUGCCUGUGAGUGCCCGCGGUGAACUGGUCCAGCAUCUCUGCGCAGGCAGUGGGGCAAAUGUAGAUGUAAAAAUAUCAUUUGAAAAUAUGUAAUCGUGGAAUAAGUUUUCGGCGUUGGCAGCUUGCGAUGAGGGAAGGGAAAUAUGGAAAAGAUCGGAUUUUAUAUUGCGCCUCUGUGGAGCACGGACCGUUAUAUUGAGAGAAAUAAUGCGGAAUAUUUCCCCCUGUAGGUGUUAACGCAGAAAAUACAAGAUGAAGAAGCAAUUCAAUCGGAUGCGACAGCUCGCCAACCAAACGGUGGGAAGGGCAGAGAAAACAGAGGUGUUAAGCGAGGACCUUCUACAGGUGGAGAAGCGUCUGGACCUGGUCAAGCAGGUAACACACCGCACUCACAAAAAGCUGACUGCCUGCCUGCAGGGUCAGCAAGGGACUGAUGUGGAGAAAGAGAUCUGUCAAGUCACCUUCUAAAAAACUACCGCUCACCAUCCUGGCACAAUGUAUGGUAGAGGGGGCUGCAGUGUUGGGGGAUGAUUCUCUCCUGGGGAAGAUGCUGAAGCUGUGUGGGGACACAGAAGAGAAGUUGGCCCAGGAGCUCAUCCAGUUUGAGUUUGAGAUAGAGAGAGAUGUGGUAGAGCCUCUCUAUGUGCUCGCUGAGGUGGACAUUCCCAACAUCCAGAAACAGAGGAAGCACUUAGCUAAACUUGUUUUGGACAUGGACUCUUCUCGAACAAGAUUUCAGCAGUCGUCCAAGUCAUCCAGUCACCCGAGCACACUGCAGCCAGGCGCCAAGUCAGAGUCCCUCAGAGAGGAGAUGGAGGAAGCAGCCAAUCGGAUGGAGAUUUGUAGGGAUCAAUUGUCAGCAGAUAUGUACAGUUUUGUGGCCAAAGAAAUAGACUAUGCAAAUUACUUCCAGACACUGAUAGAAACGCAAGCAGAAUAUCACAGGAAGUCAUUAGAGAUUCUUCACAGUAUCCUGCCCCAGAUUAAAGCUCACCAAGAGGCGUGGGUGGAGAAGCCGUCGUUUGGCAAGUCUCUGGAGGAACACCUGAAUAUAAGCGGGAGAGAGAUUGCCUUCCCCAUCGAAGCUUGUGUCACAAUGCUGUUAGAGUGUGGCAUGCAAGAGGAGGGCCUCUUCAGAGUGGCUCCGUCAGCCUCCAAGCUAAAGAAGCUGAAAGCAUCCCUGGACUGUGGAGUUCUGGAUGUGCAGGAGUACUCCGCCGACCCACACGCCAUUGCAGGGGCUCUGAAAUCAUACCUCCGUGAGCUCCCUGAGCCACUGAUGACCACUGAACUUUAUGAUGAAUGGAUUCAGGCCUCCAACAUUCAAGAUAUGGACAAGAGACUACAAGCAUUACUGGCAGCGUGUGAAAAACUCCCCACAGACAAUGCAAACAAUUUCAGAUAUCUAAUCAAAUUCUUAGCCAAGCUAAGUGACUAUCAAGAUGAAAACAAGAUGACUCCCGGUAAUAUGGCGAUUGUUCUUGGCCCUAACUUGCUUUGGACACACACUGAACCAAACAUGACAGAGAUGAUGACCACCCUGUCCCUACAGAUUGUUGGCAUCAUUGAGCCCAUUAUCCAGCAUGCUGACUGGUUCUUCCCUGGAGAGAUUGAAUUCAACUUGACAGGCAGCUACGGCAGCCCGAUCCACACCAACCACAAUUCCAACUACAGCUCCAUGCCCUCACCAGACAUGGACCAAUCUGAUCGCAAGCAGCAGCACGACCAGAGCCGACGCCCACUGAGCGUCGCCACUGACAACAUGAUGCUGGAGUUUUACAAGAAGGAUGGCAUUAGGAAGAUACAAAGUAUGGGCGUCCGGGUUAUGGAUACUUCCUGGGUGUCUCGUAAGGGUUCAACUACCCUGGCGCGCAAGACCUCCUCCACCCCUCCAGGCAUGCAAGGCCCCGGCUCCCCGGCAGACACUCUCAUCCCCGAGCAGCCCGGAGAGCUCGCCAUCUCCCCGUCUGCGACACCGCCACCUGGAGAAAGGGUUUGCUCAGACAACGUGUCGCCCAAUCGGCCGGACACCUCUCAUGCCCAUCCACCCCCAGGGGAGGACCGGCCACCCCCCCCUUACCCCAUCUCCUCGUGCUACACUGCCCCCCACCUCUUCUAUCCCAAACCCCCACCCUGUGCUCGCCCCGUGGCACCGGGUCCAGAGUCCCAGCCUCCCGCCUCCCCCCCGCCCCCACUGCGCUGGUCUGGCUUCACUCCCCCUGCCCCGCCCCCUUCCUCCUCUUCUUCUUCCUCCUCCUCGUCACUUGACAUCAAUUCGAACCCCAAACCCAGCUGUCUGCAUUUCACCAAGCACAGCCCGCCUGGUGACAUGGUGAAUGUUCCCCCACCAGACACUAAUGCUUCACCACUCUACAUCAAAACCCCCUUGGUACUAACCCGCCAUGACCAGUCCAUUGGCAACCCCCCUAGCCUCCCUUCGUCUGCGCCCCCGCCGUGGGCUGCCUGUCCAUGUGCCAGAGAGAGAGGACCCCCCAGACUGACUAGUUCAUUGAAGAGUAAAGAGCUCUCACCUGUAACCGGACACAAACCCAUCCAGGUGGCUGGUCCAACAGUCCCUCCCAGCUGUAGUCCUCAGAGCAGUAGCCAGUCCCCCCACUCCACAGAGCACAGUCCACACACCCUGCGCCAAGGUUCCAAGAAGUUGGCCCCUGUGCCUCCCAAGGUCCCUUACAGCCAGUCUUGCGGGAUGUCCGACCAGUCCACAGGUCAGCCGUCACCGGUCAGCCUGUCCCCCACACCUCCUAGCACCCCCUCCCCUUAUGGACUGGCCUGCCCUCCAGGGCAAGUGCCCCCAUCAUCCCCUGGGCAGACCCCAUUGGGACCACCUCACUCUCUUUCGUCUCCACCCUCCCUGACUGGAACGCUCACCAAGUCGCGGCCCGCCCCUAAGCCCAGGCAGAGACCCAGUCUGCCCCCUCCUCAGCCGCCCACAGCCCCUCCGGGGUUUACUGGCAUGGCCAUGGCCCCAAUUCCCCAGCCCCUCGAUCAGGGCCUCCUGGAUGGACUGUCUCCCGGGGAGAGCAUGUCUACAGAUAUCUUCAAUUAUGAAAUCCCCUCCAUCAAUGUCAAUCUGGACUGCCUCAUCGAUGAGUUCAGCGGUGCCCCUUGCAGGAAGUCCGUGGCAGUGACAGACUCUCCAGAGGGGGACGCUGUGCCUGAGGAGGAGCCACAGAGCACCACUCUAUGACCUAUGACCCUAAGGCAUCACAGCUUACAAGCACCCCUGUGGCCGUAUAUACUCUUAACUGUCGCCACCAUGGCCUGAUGGAAAAACCAUUUGGCCUCACCAAUGCCCACCUGAAAUCAGAACUCGAACACAUCUGCUACAGGCUGCAAAGAAACUCAUCUCUUACAAUUGCUCGCUAGUACAUAAAUGUGACUACUACACAAAAAAGACACCAAAAUGCCAUAGGAGGACAGUUGCCUUUAGGAGGAAAGACUGGAAUAUAGAUGAGUAUUACAUUCAAAGUUUUGUUUUUUAAUGCUUUGCUUUGUUCAUCUUUGUUUGAUGCAGUGGUCUGUAUUUCUGUGAGUUUUUAAAUUUUUAUUUUUGCCUUAUUAGGACAUGCAAUCAAAUUGCAAUAUGAUAUUCACAAGUUGUACAACUUUUGGUAGGGGAAACUCAGAGCCUGACAUGGUUAGGAGCAAAGCCCGUCCUCAGGGUGAAACAGAGAGACAGAGAGUAGUCUUGUUAUUUUGCUCACAGGGUAUUCAAGCGUUGUACACAUUAGGAAAAUGCUGAGCCGUAGAGACAGGUUUUGCAUGCAGGAUGAAACGUUUAAUGCAGUUUACUUCUUAUUGUCACACACAGUCUUUACUUCCUCUCUUCUAUCACAUAUUACAACUGUAGUUCUUUAUCUGACAUUAACCGUCAUAAAGGUAAGCUCACCUUAACUCACUUUAUACCAGCACAGAAUGAGAAGAAUGUUAAUGUAAAUUUUUUUUUUUUUGCAAAUGCACCACGAUGUGUUUGCAUGACAUGCCAAUAUGAACAAACUGCUUUGGAUCAAGGGCCUCAGAAAGGCAGUGUUUUAUUUUGUGUGAGUGUCUGUUGUUGUUGUCAGUGAUGAGUAAAUUUAGACCACCCACGUGCUGUUACAGUUUGAUGAUAAUGGAUGAAUGACUACACUGCCUUUAGGUUCGUAUGAUUCUCUCUCUCUUAAUCUUGUUUCAAGUGCUUCAGGUUCAGUAACCUUUGACCCCCCUAGUGUAAAUACAAAGACUGUACAUAAAUUUAUGUAUAUAAAUCUGAGAGGAAAAGUAUAUGUAAAAUGCAUAUCUUGAAUAUAUAUAUAUAUAAUAAUAAUAAUAUAUGUGCUGAUAUUUAUCAUGUGUAGAAAAUGUAAUGAUUAAAAGAUUGCUGUUAUUUUUGUCCCUGCACACAAUGAACAGGUUUACUGUAGAUUCAUAAUGUUUCACCAGAUAACAAUGAUGCUGCAGCAGAAAUGCAGAAUGUUAUUUCUGCUAAAAAUCAAUUGUAGGUUUUCUAAUUCUGUCUCCUGAGCUUUGACUUCUAACACGCUCAAGCGCUAAUGAGUUGCACACCAAUACCCUAUGCUUUCUUCUUUUUUUCUUUUAAUCAGUUAUUUAAUAGAUUCCUGUGUAAAUAAUUAGAUUACUUUUAGCACACUCUGACCAGUUAAUUAAUUCAUAAUAAGGAUAAAUGUAGUCCUAAGCCUAUAUUGUUGGACUGACUACAAAUAUAUGUACUCGUUCAAUUAGAAAAGCAGAUGUCAAAUUUGUCACAAAGUUAACAAUGAGUGUGUACUGUGUUGUUAUUCUCACCACAGACAAUUAAUCAGAGGUUUUUCAAGUUCACCAGAGAGCAGAUGCUGCAGUGUCACUUUUUUAAUUCCAUAUAAAAAUGUCUUAGGACUAUAAUUUUGUCAAUUAAAGUGCAAUUACAGUGUUUACUGAUCCACCUCAGUCCAAAAAAAUGGUCAAAGUCACCCUUACCAAACCUACAGAAAAAAAGCCAUUCAUUUUAUUGCGAAGCAAUUCAUUUCUUUUCCAGUUUGUUUGAUGUGUGAGUUUACGUUUGACUUAAUUAAUUCUGGAUCAACCUUUCUACAAAAGGGAUCUAUGGUAUGCCUCAGUGUGUGUUCUCAAUGGACUAUGUUUAUGAAGAUUUUGGUGAUGUUGAUAAUUAUAUUGAUAGUUGUGGUGAUUAUAUGACAGCAAUUGCAAGUGCCCUCACUCUGGUUGUUAUUUUGGAACUAUAGGCAUAAUUAAUGUGUAAUAGAGGUUUUAUUUUCUGUGCUGGAUCCAUACAUUUAUAUGAGGAGGCAGGGGUAUAUCUCUCUGUGUGCAGACUGAAUGUGACUCAGAUUUCAGUAGGCUACCUGAUUUUGUAAUACCUAACAGGCAAAUGAGAGCUUGUAUUUGGAUGAAGGUUAGUUAGGGCCUGUUAGCAUGUAUUAUUAUCAUUGCAGGGCAGUAUUACUGUAUUGCUUUUGUGCAUCAUAACUGGAACUUACAGCCACCUAAAAGCAUGCAUUCAUAUUCAUUCUAGGUGUGAUUAUUAUGCUGCUUAAAAGAAGUAAAAAAAAACAACUCUGUACCCUCCCCCAAAGUAUAAUUUCAUCACAUAUAAUUUAUUCCAGUAAAUUAACUUUACAGCAAUUUUCAUUAGCGUAUUCAUUUACCAAAUGUUACACUGUUACAUAGUUUUAUCAAUCAUUUUAACUGUAGACCUACAUUUCCUAACUCACCUCACCAUCAAGUAUGUUGGUCUAAAGUAAAGCUCAAUUUGUUUACAUUUUGUGGGGGGGAUUUUAAACGAAAAAAAGGAAAAUCUGAAAAAGUGUGAUGCAUGCGCUUAGAUAGUCUUUUGAUAAUCCACAUUUUGUGUCAAUCACUGUCUUUUUAGGGAUUCUAAGAGGGGUAAGAUGUGGACUCAGAAUGAGAAUGUGGAUCACAAUAAAUAGUCCUUUGUUGGGUAUUGAGCAAUACGUUAGAGGAGUGGAUGUUGCCUGUGGAUGUACUGCCUCCUUCUGCUUUCACUAGUGUACAAAUAAAAUCUGCCGCUUGUCAAGCCCACCAUGCCCAGCCCUUCCUCCUCUGCUUAGCAUAUCAAGUGGAACACAGUGUGUACUGUGAAGCCUACCUGCAAUCCUUAUCAGAAUGUCAGAAAUAAAUAUAUAUUAAACUCUACAUUUUUAAUAAUCU